UGUGGGGGGUGGGAAAGGUGCUGUUCCCCGGGAGCUUUUGCCCCCUGGGCCUGUGCUUUCUCAUCUUCCAUCCCUUUCCCGGUUUGGUGCCUGGGCGGCUUCCUUCUGUCUCUAACUCGAGCUCCCAGUUGGGCCCUGCAAUGCCUGGUUUGCUCCUCUCUGUUCCUAGGAGGGGCUCCACACGCUUUGCCUCGCUCACCCCGGUUAUGGGCUUCGGCCCCCUAAUAUGUGUCCAGCCUCAUCCUGCUUAUUCAGAUGCAGGUAACCCUCUGGAUUCAUCCGGGCUUAACUCCCAACUCACUCUGCGCAUAUAGUGAGUGGUAUGAUUCUAUAUAUUUGUUUUCAGAUGCAACAUUCAGAGCGCGAAUGUGGCAAGUAAGUUUCUGCAAAGCAUGUAUUGGGCAGGUACACAGUCUCAAGGAACCAGCCAUUGGUUUCCCUGUGAAGGUCCACCUGGUUUUGUUUUGUUUUUUUUAGUGUGUGAAAAAGCACAGUAGAACACCUCAUAUCUCCUUUCUUCCCCCCAUGGAUUGUAUCCAGCAAAAUUUACUUAGAGUAGACCAGCUGUAAUUAAUGGAUCUAAGCUAUUUGAUGUCCAUUAGUUUCAAUAGGUCUGUAUGGACUAUGACUAAUAUUGGAUGCAGCCCCAUCUUUCUUUUCCUUUGAAGGCGUUCAUGUCAUCAAGCAGAAAGCCAUGAGAGGGCUGGGCUUGCUCAUUUCGCCAUCUCCCUUCACAGCUUUGCUGUAAAUGCAGCUUCUGCUUCCCUUUAAAUCUCACCAGUCUCUUUUAGUGUUUGUAUAAACUUGUGCAAAACUUCGCACUUGUGGUUACCAGCGGGACAGUUUGCACCUAAUCAUAUUUCUUGGAGAGAAACUACUUAAAGGCUACUACCGUGUUUCUCAUAUUAUAAGACAUGUCUUAUAUUUAUUUUUUUCUCAAAAAUACACACUAUGGCUUAUUUUCAAGGGAUGUCUUAUUUUUUUUCCUCCUCCUGCCGCGGCCGGCAUUGCUGCUGCGCCUAUCACUAUGUCUUAUUUUCGGGGUAUGGCUUAUAUUCCUUGAAUGCUUAAAAAUCCUGCUAUGGCUUAUUUUAUGGGUAUGUCUUAAAAUAUGAGAAACAGGGUAUUGCUUGGACUCUGCAAGACUCUUGGUUUUUCUCCAACAGACUAACAUAGCUCUCUCUCUUGAAGGUGGGGUAUUACUUAUAAUCUUCUAAUUUCAGAGAAGUGAGUAUUUAUCUAGUUGUGGUUUGACAUCCAAGCAAUUUAGGCAUUGGGGAGAAAUCUACCCACACAUCCUGUUGUAGUGUGCUUUGUCUAUCUAAAACCAGUAGGUUGUCUUUGUUCCAUUUUAAAGAGACUUCAGGUAUUUGGGAUUAGAGGAGCAUUAUUCCCACAAAUCUAGAGCUAGGAGUGACGAACACAGAGAUACACUGUUGGAGAUAUUUGGGGUAUACCUCCAUGUUGUCAAACUUUUCAGUCUUUUGUAGAGCACUAUGCAGAGAGAAAAUAAAGGCAACCUGCAUGGCUAAGAAGCAAAUAAGGUAAAGGUAAAGGGAUCCCUAAACAUUAGGUCCAGUCGUGACCGACCCUGGGGUUGCGUGCUCAUCUCGCGUUAUUGGCUGAGGGAGCCGGCGUACAGCUUCCAGGUCAUGUGGCCAGCAUGACAAAGCCGCUUCUGGCAAACCAGAGCAGCACAUGGAAACGCCGUUUACCUUCUUGCACUUUGAUGUGUUUCGAACUGCUAGGUUGUCAGGAGCUGGGACUGAACAACGGGAGCUCACCCCGUCGUGGGGAUUCGAACCGCCAACCUUCUGAUCGGCAAGCCCUAGGCUCUGUGGUUUAACCCACAGCGCCACCUGCGUCCCUAAGAAACAAAUAGUUGUAGCCAAUUUCAUGGUUUAUUCUGGGGUGAGAAGAUAUGCCACAGUCUAACCUCUCCAGCUGACAUAUCUGAGGGGUUAGAAUUGCCUCACCAGUCAAGAACAUGUGAUCUGUUAUCCCUAGAACUAAAUUACCUUCAGGUUGUCAGCAAAAAGUACAUGGAUACCAGGGAUGUUAUACAACUUCAGUAGGACUUUGCUGGGUGAAAAUUUGUCUCUUGAACCUAUAAAUAAACCUUGAACCUAUAAAUAAAUAAAUAAACAAAUAAAUAAACGAAUGAAUGUAUGCAGAGUUUAUUGUGCUGUCUUACUGCACUUUGAUUUUUAACAGCUACAUAUUGAAUGCGUUAUGUUCGGACAUAGAUAGUUUUGUGGUUGCUGAAAGGGGGCAUAAAUUGUCUCCAGUGUUGUACUUGCCAACCACAUGCUAUGUCCAUUUCUGUGUUUGUAAUGCUGGGUGUCUGGAGGGUGACUUUUGCCAGUGCAGGCUUGAUUCUGCUGUAUUACUGCAACAUCCUGUGAUGUUUUCCAGUUAGCAAAGUACAAGUAUUGCUCACCAUGCUACAGAAGAUCACACCAGUGCACUCUUCAUAAGACUCCAGCUAGUUCAAGAUACUGCUUUCUGUCUAACGAAAGAUCCAGACAUUUAAUGUUGAAGCACCAUGCCAGACUGUGGAUGAUUUAACCAAUGGAGUCGUGAUGGCCCAAGUCCUGCAAAAGAUUGAUCCAACGUACUUUGAUGAAAACUGGUUAAACAGAAUCAAAACUGAAGUAGGGGACAACUGGAGACUAAAGGUGAGCAAUCUGAAGAAAAUUUUAAAAGGAAUUUUGGAUUACAAUCAUGAGAUUUUGGGGCAACAGAUCAAUGAUUUUAUCCUUCCUGAUGUCAACCUGAUUGGGGAGCAUUCGGAAGUUGCUGAGCUUGGAAGAAUGCUUCAGCUUAUUUUGGGCUGUGCUGUAAACUGUGAACAAAAACAAGAGUAUAUCCAGACCAUCAUGAUGAUGGAGGAGUCUGUUCAACAUGUUGUCAUGACAGCCAUUCAGGAGUUGAUGAGUAAAGAAUCUCCAGUCUCUGCUGGAAAUGAUGCUUACGUUGAUCUUGACCGUCAGUUGAAGAAAACAACAGAAGAACUAAAUGAAGCCUUAGCAACCAAAGAAGAAAUUUCUCAGAGAUGCCAUGAACUUGAUAUGCAGGUCGCUACACUGCAAGAAGAGAAGAGUAGUUUGCUAGCAGAGAACCAGGUCUUGAUGGAACGCCUAAAUCAGUCUGAUUCUAUAGAAGAUCCCAAUAGCCCAGCGGGACGUAGACACCUGCAGCUACAGACACAGUUAGAGCAACUCCAAGAAGAAACUUUCAGAUUAGAAGCAGCAAAGGAUGAUUAUCGAAUUCGUUGUGAAGAGUUGGAAAAGGAAAUUGCAGACUUGCGGCAACAAAAUGAAGAAUUAACAAACCUGGCUGAAGAAGCACAGUCUCUGAAGGACGAAAUGGAUGUUUUAAGACAUUCAUCUGACAAAGUGGACAAGUUAGAAGGCCAGGUGGAAUCAUACAAAAAGAAGUUGGAAGAGCUUGGAGAUCUACGGCGGCAAGUGAAACUCUUGGAGGAGAAGAACACAAUGUACAUGCAAAAUACUGUCAGCUUAGAAGAAGAGUUGAGAAAAGCCAAUGCAGCCCGCAGCCAGCUGGAAACGUACAAGAGACAGGUAGUUGAACUCCAGAAUAGAUUGUCUGAAGAAUCCAAGAAAGCAGACAAAUUAGAAUUUGAGUACAAGAUGCUGAAAGAAAAAGUAGACAGUCUGCAAAAAGAAAAAGAUCGGUUAAGAACGGAGAGAGAUUCCCUGAAAGAAACCAUUGAAGAGAUUCGAUGUGUACAAGCACAAGAGGGGCAGCUUACUACUUCAGGAUUGUUGCCACUGGGAGGUCAGGAAUCUUCUGACAGUUUAGCAGCUGAAAUUAGUACCCCUGAAAUCAAGGAAAAACUCAUUCGCCUUCAACACGAAAACAAGAUACUAAAGUUGAACCAAGAAGGAUCUGAUAAUGAAAAAAUUGCCUUGUUACAGAGCCUUCUGGAUGAUGCUAAUCUCCGAAAGAAUGAAUUGGAGACUGAGAACAGGCUUGUAAAUCAGAGACUGCUUGAAGUACAAUCUCAGGUUGAAGAACUGCAGAAAUCCUUACAGGAGCAAGGUUUAAAAACAGAAGAUUCAGGCAUUCUGAAAAAGAAGCUGGAUGAACAUCUUGAAAAGCUGCAUGAAGCUAAUAAUGAGCUUCAGAAGAAGCGAGCUAUCAUCGAAGAGUUAGAGCCUCGAUAUAACAACAGUUCUCUCAAAAUAGAAGAAUUGCAGGAAGCUUUGCGUAAAAAAGAAGAAGAAAUGAAGCAAAUGGAGGAACGAUACAAGAAAUACUUGGAAAAGGCUAAAAGUGUGAUCCGUACUUUAGAUCCCAAGCAGAACCAAGGGUCGGCACCUGAGAUUCAGGCACUGAAGAAUCAGCUGCAAGAGCGUGAAAGGAUGUUCCAUUCUUUAGAGAAAGAAUACGAGAAAACGAAAACUCAAAGAGAUAUGGAGGAGAAAUACCUUGUCAGUGCCUGGUACAAUAUGGGUAUGGCUCUUCAUAAAAAAGCAGCAGAAGACAGACUUGCUACCACAGGUUCAGGACAGUCCUUCCUAGCUAGACAAAGGCAAGCCACCAGCACAAGAAGAGCCUAUCCUGGGCAUGUCCAGCCAGCUACAGCAAGGUAGAAGAAGGCCCUACCUUUUGAAUGGAAGCCAUCCUGGGAUCAAGGCCUACUUCUGUUACGAGUGACAGCAUUUCAGGAGACUUAGCCAGCAUCCUUUCUGUAUCUUUGUUCCUUGCGGUUGCUGUUAACUUCUCAUUUCAGGAAGGUGGUUGUUUUUUUCUUUUUUAAGAAAACACUUCCUCAAUGUUUUUAGUCUUACUUUCUGGAGUCUUCCCUUUGUCUUUUGAUGUGCCAAAAUGUUGGAAAACACCUAGUGGAAUGUAAUAAUGGAAUCUCCCCCUCUCUUUCCCUUGUUUAUAUGGAAUUGUCCUGUCUCGCCUGAAAACUGAUGAUGGCUAAGUAGCAAACCGAAAAUGUCCCAUUGGCAAAUGAUGUUGCCAUCCUUUCCAAGGCUACCAUUGUAUAAAGGGAAUUACCUUUUCUUUCUAAAUCCAGUCUGAUCUGUUUAAACUAUGUGAUGGAAUUUGCAAUGGUGUUGCAUAGAAUUAUUAUGAAAUGUGUUAGCAGCAAUAGUCAGAUGCUGGCGGAAGCUGUAACCUGGCUGCAAGUACCUGAUCGUGUGUGUUCAUGUCCUUCUCUUGGCUUUAAUUUGGAGAGGCAAGCUGAUUUUUGUCCUUAUUUGCCCAUGUCCUUUUUUCCUUUUAGCAUUACUAAGGUUAAAAAUGAUUUGAUGUUCCUCUUCCAUUCUUGGUUAGUUCAAUCACAGUGGAAUACGACAAACAUUCAUUGCAUGGCCAAUUGCUUUAAAGCUUCCCUCUCUGCACUCUUAACCAAGUGGAGCACCCAUCCUUUUCAUUGCCAUGUUAUCGAAGUUCUCCACCUGCUUGGAAAUCCUAGGAGAUGGGACCAUAGUAGUAUUCUACUUACUGUGUGCCUUGAUCCUACAGAUGCCUAGUAUUCUACAUGGUUAAACCAUCAUGGAGAAAUCUUAUGAAGCAGUGAACUGUGUAGAACAGUGCCCUUCUGGCCCCCCAUAUAUCAUUUGACUCAAACUCCUGAGUCCCAGCCAACAUGGUCAGGGAUGAUGGGAGUUGUAGUUCAAAAACUUACCCAUCCCUGGUGUAUAGAGUUGGUUUUGAUUGGAUGUCUUUGGUGGAUGCUGUCUUCAAAUUGCCAUCUACCACUGAGGACUAUUUUUAAUAGGUCAAUAAGGAGGGAGAGUCCAUUCAUUGCCUUACAGAUGGUACCAUUACCUUCAGGUUUGGUGAUUCUAACAUGAAAACUCGCUGUCCUUUUGUGCCAAAUCUUCAUACAUGCCUGGGUCUUUGUCAUGAAGGAAGGCUAGCAAUUCCCCUUCAGAUUCUGAUCCUUCCAAGUAUUGUGUUCUAGAUGUUGAGCCACUUGCACCCUUUUCAAAUUAAUGUGUGAGAAGUUUGGGGUUGCUCAAGACGAGUAGUUCCAUAUGGAUCCGCCAUGGAAGUAGUUUAGAGGUUUUGUUGGAAAACUUCACCUUAAAAUAAAAAUUCAGUGUCUCUUAACGUUCAGCAGAGAACAGCUUUUGUUGUGUAUCCUUCCAAAUGUAGACCAUAAUGACCUUUUCCUUUCAAGGAGGGGAAAGGAAUCAGAGAUGGCUUUAACUUGGAAGUCCACCUGGUUUUUAUGGUCACAUUUUCAGUAUAAAAUGUUUUUCUUCUCAUCCUCAUUUUGUGCGAGAAUGCACAGCACAUCUUAAUUUAAAAAAAGGAAUAUUGCCUUUAUUCACCACCACCCUAGUACAUAAAAGGAGUUCUUAAAGUUCAGUAAUGUGUAGAAUAAUAAUUAAAAUGCAGGGUGCGGUUGUUAGCCCUUUGUAGUAUGGUUUCAAUGUUAGAUGAAGUAAGCCAGGUAUUUCCCUCAGUAGGCAUAAAAGUAAAUUUUAAAAAAUCCUUCAAAGGAUCAUUCACUUGGUAAUCUGCCUUUUUUCUGCAAUAGUGAAUUUGAAGCAGGAGGCAAAGUAUGGGAAGUAUCUGUGCAUAGUUUUCAAUUGCACUAACAAGCAAAGGUGUUAGAUUGGCAUCCUGUCUUUUUCUGCUGGUGGCAAGUAGUGUACUGGAAGCAAACGAGCAGUGAUUAGUACUGAGUUAACCAGUUUUAGUGCAAUGCAUACUACACUUGCUAUUCCGGGUCAGAUAACAUCUCCAGCAGUCUUAAUUUUGCCAGCUGAAUGCUUCUGCAGGCAAAAACCUCUUAUUCUGUUGGGAGUGGCAGGAGUGUGUGUGUUUUUUUUCUUUUCUGCAGGAUGUUGUGCAUCUGAUAGAACUAUUCCUGUUUGUUCUGUGCCUGAAAGAAACUUGAAGACAACUUUAAUUUUACAAUUGGACCCGCAUCUUUUUUUCUUUUUCUGUUUUUGAUUUCCAUUCUUGCUUUCCUUUCUCUGUUAGUUGGCGCUGUGGUUUUGCCUGUCUUCCACAGCAUAUUUUUGUUCCGUUUUUCAUCUAGCAUGAAAGCAAAAGCAACUUCUUUCUCCACUUUGGCUGCCUUAUUUCUUGUUUGCAUUGAAGUGGAAGGCAGGCUUAUUAUCAGUAUUCUGAAAUGUCAAGGACCUUUCAUUAAAAACACUAUUAAAUUUUACUUUGAUGCAUUGAGAACCAAACAUACAUUCUUGUUGAUCAUUAAAAACCAAGGAGAGCAACAGUCAAGGACGAAAUUCCCAGAAUGACAGUUGCACUUAAUUCCCAUUGAAAGGAAUAAAGACAGUUGUGGUUAAAUUAAGUGUCUCUAAUUUCCAGAGGACUUAAGUGCAACUGGCUUUCUACAUAUCAAGGUCACUGUGUCUUGCUGCUGUAUACAGCUUUUGUGGCAAAGACAGAAAUAAAAGGCUUGUUUCUAAAAUAUUUAUAUUGGGUGGAAUGGAAACAAUUCAUAAACCAAGCAAGUCUGCUAAUUUCUAUAAACAUGUCCACUGAAUUUGCCUCCGAUAGAGCAACAGCAAUGUUGGCUUGUACUUCCUUAUUUGAGAAGUAUGUGUUCUAACGAUGGAUAAAAUUUGGGCUAGCCAAAUGGAAUGGAGUUCAUAUUUUUCUAAAAGGAACAUUUAGCAGCAAGUUGUGUGGGCAUUACCAGGCUUGUUUUUAAACUAGGUUUACUUCAGGUAUUGAAGGCUAGGAAGGCGGAGGGGGCGGUAAGAUGAGUUGGCUUGAUGCAAGAAAAACAACCACCCUACAGUUGUGUAGGUUGUAGCUUUUUGCUUGUAUGAUUUUUAACUUAAAAAUUAAGCAAUGUUCCCUCUUAUAGUCCAAAAAUUUCCUUUUCAUGUUUGUAUUUUUCUCCAGUUUAGGACUUUGGUAGAUUUAAUCUGUCUCUUGUGUUCCUCCUGUCGAAUUAGGUCUUUCACCAAUUACGAUAUGCAGUUGCAGUUGAAUACUGGAAAGUGAAGGGACCCUCUGAAAUGUGUAUUAGAUUAUUUUUAUGGCUUGCAAACAGAUCAGAUAUGCGGCAUUUUUGACAGGGUCACCUAGUAAGUCUUUUAACUGGGAGGUUUAAAGAGAGAGAAACCUUCAGUCUCCUAGCCAUUAAAAUAGAUGAUACUGGAGAAACGUAAUUCUCUUUGGGUUAGCUGUGUGCACACACCCCACCCAUAGGGUAAUGUCUGACAAAGUUCUUUGUGUGAAUCAGUGCAUGCAAGCAGGCUCAUGUGCUGCACCUCCACCUUGGAAAGAGAAAGGUAAAUGUGGAACUCAUCCCCGGGACACCUUUUUUUAAAAAAGGAAAGAAAGAAAGGGACAUUAUCCCUGAAUGGAAGUGCUCAUUUUCAGACUAAUAUACAUUUGAACCUGCCUUUAUCCUGUAUUCAGGUUACAGGUCACUUAAACACAAUAGCCCCAGUCCACUUCCACAGACAGGUGAAAUCUGAAGACGCGUUUGUGGCUUGAAGACAGACUAGAACUAUCCUCCCAUAUUGGUUCUGUGUUGGAUGCUGGAAGUCUGGGUUGGAGAAUGGUUCAGGCUGAUCCACGUUAUCAAAUAUAAAAAAAUGGACACUCGUCUACGAAAGCUUAUGCCAUAAUAUAUCUCUUAGUAUUUAAGGUGCUACAAGACACUUAGUUGUGUUUACUGCCAGCAGACUGACACUGGUGGCUCUUUUCAAAACACUGUCAGUUUGGGUUGAGAUUUUUUAUAAAACUACGUGGAUAGAACCCCAGCCAGUUAGGAGAAAAGACGUCAGCCUCAAUGUCAGAGAAGCUUUGACGUUUCUGCAUUGGAAGCAAUUAUGGGUUUUUAAGAUGUACAAAAUAUCCUUUAGUAUAUUAAAGACCAACUUUUAUAUGCUCUCAACAAUGGUAUGGCGGGGAGGGGAGCCCAUGGUCAGGAUCUCCUCCAGUCAACCAGUCAGGAAAGUUUUAAAUUGCAAGAGCAAUUUCUUUUCUUUUUCUUUCAGCACAUUGACAUCCUAUCUAAUAUAGGGGUGCACAGGUACUCAGCUGGUAAAAUCUUAUGUGGAUUUAUUAGCAAAUGAGCUUUCAACACUUAGUACCGUAGCUUAUCUUUUACGAACCAUUUCCUUGUCACAGCAAUGUUGCAGUGUGUAAGUCCAUAAACUACACAUAUUUGCUAAACUUCUUAAAAUGUCUCUAAACAGGGUAGUCAUCAUUUUUAAUGUCUUUUUUUUAAAACAAAAACAAAAACAUUUCAACAGCAAUUAAAUAUUUGCUGCUUCUACCCCUCCCUUUUAUUUUGGAUAUAUGCGAUAUGUGGCUGCUUAACCUGCUGCAGUUUAUCAAACAAGGGCUCUUUGGUCUCUACGCCAUCUCUCUUUUUAUCUCCUGUUCAGUCAACGUAAGCAAAACCUCUCAUUUUAAAGGUCUUGGCACCUUUUUCUCCAAAGCAAAAACUUGCUUGCAAAGAUGCUUAUCUCCAUUUGUGCGUAGGAUUUUACCACUUUCCCAUCCAACAUUAUAAAGCCCCCAAUUCUUCUCAGCCACCGAGAGAGUGAAACUUGAUACAGUAUUCCUAAGUUCUAAAAAUGGGUGUUGGGUAGGUUGUUGAGCUCCUGUAGCACUUCGUAUGUUAACAUCCAUUGCCGCUGCUACUUAAUUCUUCCUGUUAACAGUAUUAACAUGCAAGUCUCUUGCAACUUCUUCCAUUUACUAAGCUAACAUUUAAUCUUAAAUGUAUUUUAUAUAUGCACCUUUGUUGACUGCUAUUAUUUUAAAAGUGCACUAAAGGAGCCAUGUUGUUCAAUACUAUAUACAUAUAUAGAUAUAUAGAUAUACUUUUUUUUUUAAUACCAGCAAGAUCUUUCCUUGGAGAAAGCAGAUAGGAAGUGGUGCCUGACCUCUUCCAGGUUUUUUAUUUGAAACUCUGAGGCUUGACAUAUAUGCAAUAUUUUAUUUAUUGAUGUUGCAUCCUGUCUUAAUGUGUAUAUAUCCUUUCUUGCUUUCCCCCCUCUCCCACUGCAGACUUGUACAUUUCCUUUUAAAGGCUUCUUUUCCCAUCUGUGCAGAUGUGUACAAGCAGCUCUAGAAAGGAACAUCAGUGGAGAUCACUAAUAUCAAAGAAGCAUACUCUUCCUUAGUUUCAGUAUUAUACGUGACAUGGCCUUUCUGGAUUAUAUUUAGGGUUUUCUGUAUUUUUAUGUUCUCUCUUCCUCAUCCCUGCGUUAACUUCCUUUCAGAUUGCACUAAUGUCUUUAUGUUAUGAAUUAUUGCUAUCAUCCAUGCAAUACAUUAUGUUGACAGUGUAACUUGGAAUGCUUUGUGCUGCCUUUAAACUAUUUUUAAAGCUGCCUUUUUAAAAAAGAAAAAGGUUAUACUCUUUUAAGUACAUGCUUGUGCUGCUCUAGAUAAUGUUUUGUAUUGAAGCAGACCUAGGAAAUGUGGCAGUGUGAUAGAAAACCCAAGGAAAGAUUGAUUUGUGGCUGCAUUAGUAUCUUACUGUUACAUUAGCCAUCCUGCGGGAAUGUUGAAUGAUCCUUCCAAGCCUCUGGUCAGCAACCAUUUUAUAGGAGGGCUGCUUUGAGGAUGGAAUAGAAAUUGGCAGGCCAGCUCUCAACCCGUGCUUCCAAAAUGCCAGCAAGUCCCAUUGGCAGGGCUAUCACAUCCACUCUGCAUGCCUCUUGGUUGAUAGCUGGCCUUCAUCUUGGUUCUGCUCAAGGGGACAGACUUGGCCUCAAGGCAUGCAGAUGCUGGUCUCUGCUUUUAAGCCAUAGGAAUUAUCUACACAGUCAAGUGAAAAAAGAAACUGUUACUAAGCGCUGUAUGGGUUUGAUUAGCAGGCUUUUUCUAGCAGUCGUACACUUUUAGUCCUGGUGUCGCUUAGCCUCUGCCUGCUUAAACAGAGGGGAAGACACUGUUCUGCAGAACCAAGCCCCCCCCCCCUCUCUCUGUUCAGGACAAGUUAUUUGAUCCAAGGCUUGAAUGGACUUUUCUUCUUGCUGAGCACCAGCAGCUUAUAAAUGUAGUCCCCCGCCCCCCGAACGACAUUGGUUGUGCUCUGAAUUUGAUGAUUCAAGGACGUAGUUUAGGUGGAAAUAAACUAAUCGAUCAGUUCCAAAGUAGUGAAAAUGUGCAGCUCUCCCAAGCUACCUCCAAGAUAGGCACGGUGGGAAAAGUUCUCUCCAUUGUUCGCUUUCACCCCAACUUGACUAAGGAAUGUGUGCGCCAGGGGAGGGGGAAGAUUGAGGUCCAGUUUGAAUCCUGGUUCCCUUGCAUGCUCAGAUCGAAUGUCAAGGAUGAUGAGGUCUGCCAUGUCACUCACCAUUGCCCACUUCGAUGUGGGGAUCUCUGACAUCAAGCAGCUGGGUUGCUGUUGGUUUAGGAUUGAAUUAGGCAGAUGUGUAGGACCUGGUAGUAGAAAUUUGAUGUUCAACAUUUGAAUGUAAGACUUGCCGGAUACUUGUGAUAGACAAGUACUAUGUAAGUUCCGAACUCGAGGGGGAGGUGUCUGCUGCCUUCGUUAUUCCAAUACCUAAUCAUGAGGCAUCAAUAUCCUUUCCUACCUUUUCUUCUCUUGCACAAACUUUUGAGUUAACUGGUUUGCAAGGAAUUGCCUUGUAGUUGUCUGGUGUGGUUGCUUUUGGAGUCUUCUUGUUUUGUGUUUGCUGCUGCUCUUAACAUACAUGGCUUGAGGUCAGGGGCUUUUUUUGUAUCUUGUGUCUUUUUUUUUUCUUGCCUACUAAAACAUGUCAGACCACUAGCUGGAGUCGUAGAGGAAUGUGAGAUUAUAGUAAAAGCUCCAAUAGGCACUUUUGGCUGUCUAUUUGAAACGGUUUGGGUUUGUGCAAAUGCAACUUUCUGAGAUCCUAAGCAUGUUUUAAACAUAUCGGUUACUGUGUGUUAUGUAGUUUUUGCGUUGUCUCUCUCUCUCCCCCCCCCCGCCCCACCCAUUUUUCAAUAGCAACUUGACUGUCCUGACCUAGAUGUUGACUGGUUACCAAAAUUACUGUUUAUGAAACCGCCAGUGAUAUUUUCCCCCCCUGUAAGAGUGUAAACUCCUCCAACCACCAAAUAUUAAUUCUCUCCCCACCUAUGAAUCUUACCCUGUAUCUACCAUCUUGCCAUGGUAGUGGUUUUGGUAUGAAUGUGUGUAAAGACAAGGUAAUAUGGUCAGGUGUUCAAAGCACCCUCCCCUUCCCCAUUCAAAUAAUAAUGCUUCCAAGGCUACAAAACCAGUGUACAGUUGUUAAACAAGUUGUAAAUAAAGGCUUAUAUAAAACUUGGUGCUGAUUUUUAUUACAUGAAGCAAUUGUUAUUUAUCACACACAUAUCCCGGCAUUUCUCUAGAAAACACAGGUUGUUGUGCACGGUCUUUCCCAUUUUAUCCUCAAAAUAGUCCUGUGAAGGUAGGUCAAGACAAUUCACCACUAAGAAAAGAGGGGCUAUUUGAUAUGAUUUAUCCAUGUUGAAAAUUGGCGUUUGAACAUGUUAAAAACUGAGUGUGCAACACUAUUAAAGGCAGUGUAAUUAUAGGUAGUAACAGUGGGACAAUCAAAGUUAUCAACCUAGAACCGUGAUAGAGGCGAGAAAAUCUUAUUGCACAGAAGAAAUGUAUUCCAAAGGAAAGAGAGCCAAAUGUCAAUCAGCAUGCCACCCUAGCCCCAAAAUGGGAGCAUCAAACCCCAAUUUGGAAGGGGAGGGAAUCUGUCUGAGGAAGUUGUAACACCACUCUUAUUUGUUGUUCGUUUAUCUUCCUGAUUUUUUCACCCCCGUUUUGAAAAUGCCUUUUAUAGCAAAAGCUUUGUUAUCUUGGUUUGGUUAGCAACUUCCUCUAAUACUGGUUUUGCAGAACUCUUCACCACCACCACAAAUAGUCUAUUAGCACUGCCUCAAGAGCUGUCUUGGGAUGAGUUAAGAGAUGUAGCUGGGUUGGGUGGUAACUGCUUUAUGUUGCUUUGAACAAGCAGGCAAUAGGUAAUUUUCAUCUACACAGAUUGUGGAGGAGCUUGUAUUUGCAUUGUGUGAAGGCAUCCUCGAAGGCAGUGAUAAACUUCAUAAAAUAGGUAAGAUUGUAGACUUCUCUUUGUUAUCUCAUUCUCAAAAAAGCCUAACCAAAAGUUAGUAAUGUGUCAUAUGGGAUUGAACUUAAUUGGUGUUGAAGGAGAAGUAUGGAGUAUGUCAAAACACUAAACACAACAUUCACCAAUAAAGAGCACAUUGUGACUGCUCACAGGAGAUGCUAAGUUGCCUCUCGUGCUAAUAUGGAUUACUUCUGAUAAAAGUAUGGUAGAUAAAAUCACUUUUCAUAAACACAUAGCCCUUCUGGCCAUGAUACAGGUUUCUCCAAAUAACCUGAUUACAGUAUUAUACCCAGGACAGUAGCUGGUUGGAACAGAUGGGCUGUCAACUACAGUACCUGGAAGUCAGGCCAGGUGUUUUUUCUUGGACUGACUCAAGGGAAGCAAAAUGUUACUGGCAAAAAGGGCGCCCUACCUGCAGCCAGCUCAAAAGAGUAUACGUAUAUACAUUUCACUGGUGAACCUGUGACAUGUGAGUUCUAUACCUUUUUAAAUAUCUCAAAACAGUACAUAAACAUUACUUCCAACAACUGCACACUUCUUUAAAACAUAAUUCUAUGCAAGAAUUUAAACAGUGUACAAGUAGAGACAUUAUUGGAAGGGAAUCAGCACCCAGUGGACAACUUUAGCACAUCAUUUUGGCCACUGUCCUGUACCGUGAAUGAAGCCUAGCACCAGGAACAAGCAGCAAUUAGUGGUGCGUCCAAGCAAAAAUGGCACUUGACCCAUUCACCAAGAACCUCUCAGAAAUAUGGAGCCUAAUCCCAAUAUUAAAGGUAGGUUGGAAGGUCCCCCCAAAUUGUUCACAUACAAUGCCUGAAAUGCAUUUUUGAGGAGUGCAGUGUCACGAUUAUAUUCUCAGCAUCAGAAUCUAUACACCUACUUGCAAGUUUCACUGAGGUUUUGAAAGUGCCUUGGCUCCCUCACAAACCUGUUAAGUGAGUGGUGAAGGCCUUUGUGGGUACAGCUGUCCAUCUCUGGACUGCUGUCCCCAGAAAUGCUUGGGUUAGUGCCAACACUUCUGUCCUUUUCCUGCCAAAAAUGUGUUUUUAAAAAACCCAAAAUUGUCAGACACUGAUAACCAUUAACAGAUCUAAUUUUAGUCUACUGCGAUAGCCAUCUGCUUUCAUGUGCUGAAUUGUGUUGAUUUGUAGUGACACUGGCAGCAUAAUUGAAGAGCAGGAUGCCAACAAACAUCUAACAAAGCCUGUAAAAACUGAAAUGUAACACACCUUUGCACUCUGGGGAGUUCGCAGUAGUUGAGGCUUUAGAGACUGAAUCUGUCUUUUAUCAGCUGGUGACGGAAUGCUGUGGGUGCCUAAGUUAGGAACAGUCUCAAACCCGUACUUCUGACAUAGAUGCUGCCCCCCCCCCAACACUGCAGGUUUACAUUUUACAACAAAACAAACUCACAAAAAACAACGUCAUCUUACGAACCAAGAACUUCUCCAGUGUAGGUCUUAUUAAAAGAUCACUGAAAAAGAAUGCCUGGCAUCAAUGGGUCUGGAUAACACGCCAACACCAAAGAAGAACCAACUGAACAACAGUCUUGAAAAUGCUUUAUUGAACUGCGUGUCUUAUUGUAAUGUGCAGGUGUGUUUGAAAAGACUACAGCUUGAAAACUGGUUUUGAAAAUCCUCAACAAUUAAAAAAAAAAUCCCUAGCUGGGUUAAACUCCCAAGAUAACCAGAGGGCUGCUGUAAAAUACCCCCCUAGAACAUUCUGUUGCAGAGACUAAAAAAAAGAACCAAAUCUAGUACUGUAUUUUAUAUAGAAAUAACUGGAGUCAAACUAAAAACCAAAAACCAGUGGGUGGGGCUUUUUACCAUUUUUGAUGAGAAUCUGUCCUUUUAAAGCCCCACCAUACUGCUCAAGUCUGCAAUUUAAUUCUAAGAUGCUUGCUAUGUAGCAGAAGUGGAAAGGGUAGAGAAGGGAGAUAAGAGAUGAAGAAAGUGAGAGAACCAGAGAGAAACAUGAUUAUUGUCUAAGCCUAGUUUAGAUUUAAUCAGAAGCUGUGUGCAAUUUUGUCUUUAUAUCUAACUUUACAUUCCCUUCCCCACCACCCCAACCCCCCAAAACAAAAAAAAACCCUCCUGUCCCUGCCUUGGGGCUAUUAUGAAAGUCUAUGCACAAAAACACUGUACAUUUUUAUACAUACAGGAUUAAUAGUAUAGGCAUGUAGGUGGCAUGAUUCAAUUAAAAAGGCUUUUUACUUUUUUUAUACCAGGAAAAAAAAAUCAAGAAAUAAUAAAUAAAAAGGUGCUAGAAUUAGCAUUAAGAAUGCAGUUGUAAUAUAUUGACAAAAGUUUGGGAAGUCAACCUCCUCAAGCUCUCCUGUUGCUGACAAGUCUCUGCAAACUAGGUAGCAAAUACAUAAAUAACUCAAAAACAUAUGAUUGAGACUGUGAAGGUUUUUUAAAACUAAGACAACAUAAUCCAGGUUAACUUUUGUUUUCUUUUAAGACAAUGAGCAAAUGAAUAAUCUACACCUGAAUAAAACAUGUUUUAACAG